GUGUGGAGUUUGCACAGCUCCCUGCUGCUUCUGUGCUCCAAGGGAGAGCUGCACACAGACAUGUGUGUCGCCAGUCGUCGCUGAGUUCCGAGAGGGUGACGGUGAGGGAGAGGGAGAGGGAGAUGACUGCGAGUGUUUCUUUUUAAAACGGUGAAGGAACUUGAAUCUUUGCGAGGAAGAUUGAAGCAGCUCACAUUCUUCACUGAGCAGUAGAUUUUAAAACAUUUAACAAUAGAGAAUCAUGUGAAAGCAUCAUCCUAACCCAGACAAGUUGCCCAACCUGCAUAUGGAUGCCAAUCCUUCGCUGUGUAAAAUGUAGUUGAGUUACCUUUGAGGAUGUGAGCAUUCCUGCCAAGGUCAGCACCUAUUGUCUAUCCUUCAUUAUCCUGGAACUCAGUGACUUGCUUGGCCUAUGCAGAAGGCAGUUAGGGGUCAACCACAUUGCUGUGGGCCUGGAGUCACAUGCACACCAAACAGAGUCCCAUGGCUGUGCAGUUCCCCAAGAUAAAGAAGUACUGUACUCAGGAAAAUUCAGGCUUUCGGAUAUGAACGCCUGAUGCAUGACGAACAGGUAUAAUCUGAAGAUGCUUUCUGCUGGAAGAGAUCACAAAUUGACCAAAAUUAACACUUUCAGACCUUUCUCUGCUUGAGGAGUUUCUCUGACACCUUCUCCAGGAUUGUUGAACAUGUUAAGACACAGGAAGGUUUGAUGAGACCUACAGAACAUUGACAUCAAGCUUAAAGGAUAUUUUUCUCUAUCAUGUGAAUGAAAACUGACGUUUCCACAGUGGAUCUUCAAACCAUGGGAGGAUUAAGAUCUCCUGGGAUUGCCUUGUGAUAUUGGAUUUAUAGGUGCCAGAUUUGCACUUAGAAUAAAAUUAUCUGAAAGUAGCAAAGGAAUUUUGAUCAAGCUCGACGAGGAUUCACAAUGAAAAUUCCAACCACUCAUUCCCUGUGUCCUGUGCUGCUCUGCCUUGGUUUUAUCUGCUUCACAAAGUCUGUUCAGAACUCUAUUAAGGUGGAAACAAGUCAAAGCAAGCACUUAGAGGAAGAGAAACUGGUGCAUCAUCGUCCCAAACGUGGUUGGGUCUGGAACCAAUUCUUUGUUUUAGAAGAACACAUAGGACCAGAAGCUCAGUACGUGGGCAAGCUUCACUCGAAUGCAGAUAAAGGGGAUGGAUCAGUCAAGUACAUCCUGUCAGGAGAAGGGGCUGGUACCAUUUUCGUUAUUGAUGACAGCACAGGAGAUAUUCAUGCAACUAAAAGUUUGGAUCGUGAACAGAGGAUACACUACAUUCUUCAUGCUCAGGCUUUGGACAGAAAGACCAACAAGCCCCUUGAACCUGAGUCUGAGUUCAUCAUCAAGGUGCAGGAUAUAAAUGAUAAUGCACCUGCCUUUCUGGAAGGACCUUACUCUGCCUCUGUCCCAGAAAUGUCUGAAGUUGGAACUUCUGUGCUUCAGAUAACAGCGACGGACGCUGAUGACCCAACGUACGGAAACAGUGCCAGGGUGGUGUACAGUAUCCUGCAGGGACAGCCGUACUUUUCUGUGGAUCCUAACACAGGAAUCAUCAGAACAGCCUUACCGAAUAUGGACCGGGAAGCAAGAGAACAAUAUUCGGUCGUCAUUCAAGCCAAAGACAUGGCUGGACAGAUCGGAGGGCUGUCAGGCUCAACUACUAUUAAUAUAACUCUAACUGAUGCCAAUGACAAUCCCCCCAAGUUCCCACAAAAACACUACCAGCUGUAUGUACCUGAGUCAGCCGCUGUGGAUACAGCUGUUGGUAAGAUUAAGGCGACAGAUGCUGACAUUGGAGUGAAUACAGACAUGAAGUACAGUAUCAUUGAUGGAGACGGUUUAGGUAUUUUCACCAUUUCCACAGACAAAGACACCAGAGAAGGAGUUAUUAUUCUGAAGAAGCCACUCAAUUAUGAAAAGAAGAAGGUGUUUUCAAUAAAAAUUGAAGGAGAAAACACGCACAUUGAUCCUCGUUUCUGGAACCUGGGCCCAUUCAAAGACACUACCACUCUGAAGAUUAUUGUUGGUGAUGUAGAUGAGCCUCCUGUGUUCUCACUGCCCUUUUACACAAUGGAUGUUUUUGAAAAUUCAAAACUAGGAACCGUGGUUGGAGCAGUGACAGCAGAAGAUCCUGACAGUGCCAAAAACCUCAUCAGGUAG